GGGGAAAAAAAGCAGCGCUCCUGAUUCAUAAAUAUAAAAAGAUCCUCUGAGGAGGGCAGUGUUUUUGUGUGAUGGCAACUUCACUUCUAGGGGUGAGUCGAAAAAGGGGACUUUCUUUCUGCUUUUAAUUAGUUCUUGUCAUUGUCCUGCCGUUUGGAGGGGGAUUAAACUUACUGCAGCAGAGCCAGUGCGGUGGUUAUACUUUCAGCAGCAAGUUCGUGGAAGUUCGCUUUAUAGAGCUAAACAAAAAACACGCAUGGUUUCGCUCGUGUUCAGGUUGGAAUUUGUCUGCACUUUGACGUUGUUCUCGAUCAGGAGGAGCCGAGGUUAGGAUCGACUCCUUUAGCCAUGUUGGCUGCAACAUGCAACAAAAUAGGGAGUCCGAGCCCUUCACCGUCUGCUAUAUCGGAUAAUUCCUCGUCUUUUGGGAAGGGUUUCCACCCAUGGAAGAGAGCCGCCGCCAGCAGCUGCAGCCUCGGCUCCGGCCUGUCCAGCUUCGGGGUGUCCCGGAACGGAUCUGGCAUUGCCUCGGACUCUUUCGGCAACAACGGCUCCAGCGGUUCCAGUGCCUUCUCUCUCACGUCUGGGACAUCGUCCGGCUCCCAUUUCGGAAACGAUUACUCCGUUUUCCAAGCCUCGAGCAACUCUCAAGAGUCCAGCCAUCAGCCGGUCUUCAUCUCCAAGGUGCACACUUCGGUGGACAGCUUGCAAGGCAUUUAUCCGAGGAUGAGCGUUGCGCACCCGUACGAGUCCUGGUUCAAGUCAUCUCACCCCGGGAUUCCGGCGGGAGAGGUCGGCACCACCGGUGCUUCUGCCUGGUGGGACGUGGGAGCAGCGGGGUGGAUUGACGUUCAGAACCCGAAUGGAGCAGCACUACAAUCGUCCUUGCACUCCGGUGGACUGCAGACCUCCUUACACUCUCCCCUCGGAGGAUAUAAUUCUGACUACUCCAGUUUAAGUCACUCUGCUUUCAGCACGAGCCCCUCUCCACACCUGUUGACAACCGGCCAACACCUGAUGGACAGUUUCAAGCCGGUAAUACCCUCUUAUCCGGACACGAGCCCCUCGCCGCUAACUGGAGCAGGUGGGACUAUGCUCUCCGGGGGUCCCCCUGCAGCAUUAGCUGGCUCCCCCAGGUCCUCCGCUCGACGGUACUCGGGCAGAGCCACCUGCGACUGUCCGAACUGUCAAGAGGCGGAGAGACUGGGGCCGGCGGGCGCCAGCCUGCGGCGGAAAGGCCUACACAGCUGUCACAUCCCUGGCUGUGGGAAGGUGUACGGCAAAACGUCGCACCUGAAGGCACACCUGCGGUGGCACACCGGCGAGAGGCCGUUCGUGUGCAACUGGCUGUUCUGCGGGAAGAGGUUUACGCGCUCCGACGAGCUUCAGAGGCACUUGCGCACGCACACGGGCGAGAAGCGCUUUGCGUGUCCGGUGUGCAACAAGAGGUUCAUGCGCAGCGACCACCUGAGCAAGCACGUAAAAACUCAUAGCGCCGGGGGGUCCGCUGGCUCCGGCUCCGGGGGCAGCGGGGGGAAGAGGGGUAGCGACACCGAUAGUGAGCACAGCGCGCCGGGGAGCCCUCCGUGCCAUUCCCCCGACUUGUUGCACCCACCUGAAUCCACCCAGGGAGUGGGCAUGAAUGGCCUCUAAAACUGCAUCAUGUUAGGUAAAAUAAAAUUGAAGAAGAAGAAGAAGAAAAAAGUCAAACGAGUGGACAUACUUUAGUGUAUGCGAUCAGCUCCAUCCUGACUGUUGUCAAUUAAGUGUUUAAGUCUGCAAACUGCGACAUUUCAGCUGUGCCAUCAAAAACGUCAAAAUUAGUGAUUCAGGCGUGAAAGUGAAACUAAUCUCUUUUAUUUCUCAGAAUGACAUGAAAAAAAAACGCUUUGAAAUAUGGAGGCCUUGGAAAAGUUGCGCUCCUGCUGUCAAAACUGUCCUAAAAAAACCCAAACACUGGCACUUUAAUAUCGAGCAAAAAUGUGUGUGUGUGUUUUUGUUUUCUUUGCCACUGCUCGGUUGGAACAAAUAUAUUCAGAUUUUGUGUAGAAUUGUGAAAUUAUGAAAAUUUUCUCUGUUUAACAUGUUCACUCAACAGCCUGCAGAUUAGUGCGCUAAGUUUUCUAGGCCAGCAAGCGGUAACUUACACUUUACUCUGCUGCAGAAAUGUUCUGUACAUAAAUGUAGGUUAGAAUAAUUACAGCCCAAAUGUAAAGGUGAGCAACGUAUUUGUCCAGGAGACGAUUUUUGUAUAGGUAUUUCUAGUUGUAUAUGGACUCUAGUAAAUAUUUGAAAAAAAUAUAUACGGAUAUGUACUUGGAUUUUUUUCUUUUUUUGACCUGGUAUGAAAUGUAUUUGUGGGGAAAUAUUUAACCACGGUUUUUCCUUAUUUGUCUUUUGUUUGUUUUCCUUGUAUUUAGGGGAUCUCUCAUUAGGCGCACUUUGAAUUUAUUUGUAUGGUUUGAAAAUCAUUUACUGUUUACCCGCUCGUUUAAUUUAAGUAAGCAUGUUGUAAAGUGAUUUUUUUUUUUAUUUCACAAUGAUGAUUUUCCUCUUUUUGUCUCGCUCUCUUUCUCUCACUGAGAAUGGCUUUUUAUGGGAGCCACUCAAUAAAGUCAGUAUGAAUUCAGAAGCAA